AUGAGUUGGCCGUGGCACUGGAGCCACGGCCGCUGGCCUGGGCAUGGCUGGGAGAACUCCUGGCAGGACUGGCACUGGCACCCCGAAGGCUGGGAUCACUGGCAUGACUGGCACGAUUGGGGUUGGGAGGCUUGGAAAUGGGGCAAGGGCCAUGAGGGCCACGAGGGCCAUAAGGGUCGUCAUAAAGGCCGUAAGGGUCACAAGGGCCACAAGGGCCACUGCCUCAACGGCAGCCGCGAUCUGGCGAAAUAUGCCUCGGAUGAUUUGAGCACUCUUGGCGUGCUUGGCUCGGGGGCGAGUGGACUGACCUUCCGCGGCAGCUUCCAGAACAUACCCGUGGCUGUCAAGACGUGGACCAAUCGCGUUGAGUUGGAAUGCCUACGCCGGAUCGCCUCGACAUCCAUGGAGGGCGUGGUGCCCGUGCUAGCCGUGGAUCACCAGACACCCGAGGGACCCGUCCAAAUCCUCAAACUGGCCUCGCACGGCACGCUCGCAGCCGCCCUUUCCAGAGGCUUCGGCAAGGCAACCUUCGUGGCCAUGAUCGAGAGUCUCGCCCUGGGUCUCGCAGAGUUGCACUCGGCCGGCAUCCUCCACUGCGACGUGAAGCCGGACAACGUGGUGCUGCACUCUCCGACGCCGGGCUCCGCUCACAUGUGGCUCAUUGACUUUGGGGACGCCCGGCUGGUGGAUGACCCCUCCUCUUGGAGAACGCAGCGCCCCGGAGACCCCUCGGUGACGUGCAUGCCCGAUGUUCGCUCCGGCUUUUUCUCCCCGGCGACGGAUGCCUGGUGCCUGGCCCAGGCAGCUGCCUGGAUAUGGCAAGGCUGGGAACCAUGGAAUCCAGCGCAGCUUGACGAUGCUAUGCCUCUGCAGCAGAUUCUUUACAGGUGCCUGGCCUGGGAGCCGGAGGAUCGGCCCUCGCUUCCGGAGCUGGCAAGGACUGCCACCGCAGAGCUGAAUCGCCUGGGCUGCAUGCAGAGCAGAGACACCAUCAUUGCCGAGCUGCUCCCCGCGAAGGAUCGGAUGUGCAAGACGCAGCCGGCAGCCACGCUGAACCAAGUGGCCAAGACCCUUGGAACUCCCUCGUCUCCCUGCCAAGGCAGUGCAUCGCCGUGCCUCUCCCCCACAGCCUCACCCAGCAUGCGCCUGAAGCGUACAAACUCCCUCAGCAAAAUCGCCACCUCGCAGUUGGGACUUCCAAGCCUUCGGUCGCCCUGCAGUCCGGGCGCCUCUCCGAGGGGCACUCCCAAAGGAGGAGCCCGCAGGUUAUCUUGCGAGUACGAGGACGCCUGUGCGAAGAUGGGCCUGCUGCCAAAAUACUCUCGUGCAGUGCAGGAGCGUCGCGAGAGGAAUCUCCUGGACUUAAGCGGCCUCGGCUUCGGUGACCUGCAGCUGCAGGCUUUGCUGAAAGACCGGCUGCUGAUGCCCUUGCAAAGUGUCUCCCGGUUUCGGCUGCGCGACCUGCGGCUCAGCGGUGGCGGCGUCGAGGCAUUUAUGGCGAAGCUGCCGGACCACACCGAGAUGCUGGACCUUUCGCGCAACGAGGGUGGACCACGGGGGGCCGCGGCAGUCGCAGCAAAGCUGCAGUUUGGGCUGCCACAGCUGCGCUGGCUCGACCUGUCUCUGAACAGCCUCAAGGAUGCUGCCGUGGCCGGCUUGGCCACCAGCUUGCUGAGUUGCCCCUUGCUGGUGCGACUGGAGUUGAAUCACAAUCAGAUCGCAGAAGGCCACGCCUUGGGUCAGCUGCUGGGCAAGCAUCCAAGGCUGGCCCGGCUCUCGCUGCACGGCAACUCCCUCUGUGGCCACGCUGGCGCCGCACUGUUCAAUGGUGUCAAGCAGAAUGCCAGCAAAGGUGGACAGAUCGCUGACCUGGAUGUAGCAUGGAAUCACCUCGGUGAUGCUGGCGCUGCCUCUGGUGCCGAGGCACUGGCAGAGGCGUUGCGGGUGUCUGUGACCCUCUAUCAUCUGGACCUGAGCUACAACAACCUGGGAGCUGACUGUUGCCAGGUCAUUGCGGAGGGCCUGCGAGACAAUCAUCACCUCUAUGGGCUGCACAUCGUCGGGAAUGCCGCCAUCAUCGAUGCCGAUGGUUUCGUGAGCCCCAACCUUGAGGCGGUGCCCACGCAAAAGAUGAUGCCCUCGCCACGCGGACGCGGGUCGCAGCCGCAGCUCUUCGGCGAGCUUCGACAGGGGAACGAGGAUCGACUUGGUGCCUCUGCAAGACCCAGCACGGCAGAUGCACAGGGACAGCAAGAUGUCGGGACGUGCGUUUGGUCCGACGAGGACGUGCUACGUGAGCGUGAUGUUCUGGAGCAGCAAACGACCUGCUGGGCCUGCGAAGGUUGGGAGCGACAUGAGCUUGUUUGGAUGCCGGCAGAAGGGGACCAGAUUCCAAAGGCCGUGUGGGCCUUCACGUCCAUUGACGGCUUCCGUGCCGGCUUGAGAUUGAAAGAGGAGAAGAAGAACGGAGAGCGGCAAACCGGAAACCGGUUCGUGGCCGCCCGGAUGAUUCCCAGAAGCUGCAGAGUGCUGGUCAUUUUCCAGGUGGACAGCGCUCUGCGACUUCCUGGCGGGUGUGAGAUCGAAGACCUCGCCACGCCCAUUCAGAUCGAGCUCCGCGCCUGCGAGGAGCUUCCGAUCCUGGCCCCACCUCUGGAUCAGGAGGUGGUGGUGCAAGAAAGCCGGCUCGUGGGCAAAGCCUUGGAGCAUCGGCUCGUGCUGAGGACCUCCAGAGCGGCCUUGCUGCGCUCGGCGCUGAGCGCUCUGGGGACGGGCUGCGCCCAGCGCAGUGUCCUCCUCGAUGGCCCGGAAGGAACCGGACCAGUUCAGAUGCCUCGCAUCACAGAAGCCGAGUUUCGCAUGAGAACGAAGCUCCCACGCGGCCCGGCCUUCUACGCGGCCUUCCGCCGCGAGUCAGACAAAGUCGUUCAGGAGUGCUUCCUGCUCGACUGGUCCCGGGCCAAAGUCGCCCGGUUGGUGAGUAAAGAUACGGACCGGCAAGACACGCAGCAGUUGCUUGCAUCGAACUACCGGAAGCUGGUUGCUUUGUACCGCGACCUCUCCUGCAUCGGGACAACUGGAGAGACUGGCUUUGGCGUGACGCAGCUGGAGGCCUCUGCGCUGCUUACCCAAGCCGGUCUCGUUGACGACACCACAAGGGUGUCGGACAUAGACCGGUGCUUCAUUGCAGCCAAGGUGUUGCCAGUGGACAUGCGCAAGGCAGGUGUGCGGCUUGCAAAUGACAAGGUCCUGAACCGCCAUCAAUUUCUGGAGUUGCUUCUGAGGGUGGCCGAUCAGCGCUACGUGCAGACAGGCCUAUAG